AUGGCCUCCGCCUGGGAGUCUAAGACACAGAAGUGCAGGGAGCGCUACCUGACCGCGUCAACGUACCUCUCCUCCCGCGCAUUCCCCUCAACGCUGCUGUCGCCCACGCCCUCCCUCGCGCCGUCGCCGGACUCGCACCCCGUGCUCCUCCCGGGCGUCGACGCGCUCAACCAUGCACGCGGGCAGCCCGUCUCUUGGGCUGUCUCCACCGCCCCAAACGCCCCGUCGAGCAUCUCGCUCGUGCUGCACAACGCACACCCCGCCGGCGCAGAGCUCUUCAACAACUACGGCCCGAAGCCGAACGCCGAGCUCAUCCUCGGGUACGGCUUCGCGCUCCCGCACAACCCGGACGACACCAUCGUCCUCAAGCUCGGCGGGGCGUCUGCAGCGCAGCACGCACAACACAAUAACGCCGUGGCCGGGUGGGAGGUCGGCCGCGGUGCGCUCGGCGCAGAGCCCGUGUGGGAGGCGGUGCUGGCCGCCGUAUGCGACCCCGAUGAGGAGGACGAACGCACGGUCGAGGACGAGCUCUGCGCGGCGGACGCGCUCGAGGAGAUGGCGCAGAAUCUGUACGACCGCCUGCCGAAGGGACCACCGGAGGGCGCGCUGCGCCCUGAGGUCACGCAUAUGCUCGAGCAUUACUUGGAAGGUCAGCGGGACAUCUUGCAGUCUCUUAUCCAGUUCGCCCGCGACAAAGCGCGCGAAGCGAUCCGGGCAGCGCAGGAACUGGGCCUGCAAGUCGUGGACGAGGAGGACGAGGAAGAAGCCUGA